AUGGGCUUUCGGUGUUUCCUCAUUCAGUAUGAUAUUGGCUCAAAGGCUGCAGAACAGCAAGGAUUGCUGACUGCUCCUUCCUCCAAAAGUUGUGUCCCAGGGGGGCACCAGCUUGAUGCCAGCUGGAACUUUCCAGACAUUUUCAGUCCUCUAGAAGAAGAAGUGAAGGCGGGAAUUUAUUCGAAACCAGGGGGCUGUCAUCCCUUUAUUCAGAAGUUACAAGACCUGAAGAAAAAGUACUAUGAGGAACUGAGGAAGGGGAUACAGGCUGAAGAGAUUCUGCAGACAUACUUGAAAUCCAAGAAGUCUAUGACUGAUGCAAUUCUCCAGACAGACCAGAGUCUCACAGAAAAGGAAAAGGAGAUUGAAGUGGAACGUGUGAAAGCUGAGUCUGCACAGGCUUCAGCAAAAAUGUUGCAGCAAAUGCAAAGAAAGAAUGAGCAGAUGAUGGAACAGAAGGAGAGGAGUUAUCAGGAACACUUGAAACAACUGACUGAGAAGAUGGAGAGGGACAGGGCCCAGUUGCUGAAAGAGCAAGAGAGGACCCUCGCUCUUAAACUUCAGGAACAAGAGCGACUACUAAAAGAGAGAUUUGAAAACCUAAGCAGAAGAAUCCAAAAUGAGAUACAGAAUCUCCAGAGGACAAUGAUACAACCAUGGACAUGUACCAUAAGCUAAAGACCAGAGCCUUCCUGUCACCCCUACCCAAGGCAUAAUUGAAACAAUUUUAGAAUUUGGAACACGUGUCACUACAUUUGAUAAUAAUUAGAUCUUGCAUUAUAACACCAAAAUUUAUGAAGGCAUGCGGUACAGUGAUCAAAAUCAUGUUUUUUCCAAAAAAAAAGACUGUAAAUUGUGCAAUAAAGAUGGAUUUAGCUCUGUACCAACUCAGGAAGGUUCAUAAGCUGGUACCACUCAGGAGAAGUUUAUUCUUCCAGAUGACCAGCAGUAGACAAAUGGAUACUGAGCAGAGUCUUAGGUAAAAGUCUUGGGAAAUAUUUGGGCAUUGGUCUGGCCAAUUCUACAAUGUCCCAAUAUCAAGGACAACCACCCUGGCUUCUUAGUGAAGACAAUGUACAGUUAUCCAUUAGAUCAGGGCUACACAGUCUAUGAGCAAUAAUGUAAUUUGUGGACAUUGCCCAUGUAUUGUCUUCACUGAUGAUUUCAAGCUAAAGCAAACCACCUUAUACAGAGAUCUAGAAUCUCUUUAUGUUCUCCAGAGGUAGGUGGAAGAAACCAUGGGCAGAAGCAAGAAUUGAGUGAUAAACAAAUGGGCUAAAGAAGAAAACUUUUCUUCUUGUUCAGUUCAUCCAGAUUAUAACUUUAAUGGGACACUUUAGACCAUUAGACAAUUGACACUGGAUUAAACAAAGUCACAUAAUGCCAAUUACACACUGUAUUUAUGGCAAUGUAGAAUUUGCAAAGAUGGACUUUAAAAGAUCCUGUGUAACAGAACUGAACUAAUUCAAUUAUUUAUUAUUUAGAAUGCUAAAGCGUAUGCUAGUCUUUUCUAAUUCUUAACACUCAUACUUGAAAUCUUGCUGAGUUUCCCCAGAAGAGAAUAUGGGAUGUUUUUUGACAUUUUUGACCUAUUUAAUAAUGUUCUUGUGUUUACAUAGUAUAUACAUAGACUUUAUCUCGUGUGUCAAAAGUCCUAGGAAAGUGGUUGAUGUUUCUUAUAGCAAUUAAAAAUUAUUUUUGAACUGAAAAUACAAUAUAUUUCAUUAGGCUUCUUAUUUCUGAUUAAGUUUUCUUUUUAAAGUUAUUUUUGCCAGAAAAUAAGGUUUUAGUCUUUAUAGCAAUGGUUGGCAAUCUUUUCUGAAAAUACCAGAUAGUAACUAUUUAUGACUUCGCAGGUCAUACAGUCUCUGUCUCAAGUACUCAGCUCUGCAUGUAGUGCAAAUGCAGCCAUAGAAAAUACAUAAACCAAUAGGUGUGGAUGUAUUCCAAUCAAUUUUUACUUUCAAUAACAGGGUGGCACCCAUAAGCCAUAGUUUGCAGAACUCUGCUUUACAGAAACAUUGGUCAGUUUUAUAUACCUGCCUUGUGUAACUCACAUGUAUAAAAAUCAUAUGGAUUAGAUUAUAUAUAUUAGAAUCUUGAAAAAACUAUGUGGUUAUUCAAAAUAACACAGUAAGAAAAAAGGAGGGAAGCAGCUAAUGCCAUUAAAUCCACAUUAAUAAUCCUGUCUUUUCUAAUUGC